AUGGGGAUAGAUUACUAUGGCCUGCUGUCGGUCCCGAAGACCGCAACCGACGAUGACCUGAAGAAGGCGUAUCGCAAGCUCGCCAUGAAAUGGCAUCCGGACAAGAACCCUGACAACAAGAAAGCAGCAGAGGCCAAGUUCAAGCAAAUAUCAGAAGCAUACGAGGUUCUCAGCGACCCAGAGAAGCGACAGAUCUACGACCGGUACGGAGAGGAGGGUCUUAAAGGAGGCGUCCCGCCUCCCGGCGCAGCAGGCGGCACCGAUGGCGCCGGGUUUCCGGGCGGCUUUCCCGGCGGACCAGGCGGCGGCGGCGGCGUGCGCUUCCACACGUUUAACCCGCGAAACGCGGAGGACAUUUUCGCCGAGUUCUUCGGCGGGUCGAACCCGUUCGGCGGCGGCAGCAGCUCGUUCAGCGGGUUUGGCGGGCCGGGUAUCCGCGUAACGCGCAUGUCACCCAACGGAUCCCCCAAUAUGGGGGGGAUGGGCGGGUUGGGGGGAAUGGGCGGAAUGGGGCCAAUGGGCGGAAUGCAAUUCCAGGAGAUGUUUGGCGGAGAUGAGUCCCCUUUCGCGCGUUCGCCCAUGGGCGGGAGCCCCAGGAGUCCCAGAAAGCCGCCUCCUGUGGAGAACAAGCUUAUGUGCACUCUCGAGGAGCUCUACACCGGAUCCACGCGGAAAAUGAAGAUUUCGAGAAACAUUGCAGAUGCCAGCGGGAAAACGCUGCCCGUGGAGGAGAUCCUGACCAUUAACGUGAAGCCCGGAUGGAAGAAGGGCACCAAGAUCACAUUCACAGAGAAAGGCAACGAGCAACCCGGCAUGCUCGCAGCAGACCUAACCUUUAUCAUCGACGAGAAACCCAAUGAUAGAUUCAAGCGCGACGGCAACGACCUGAUUUACACCCAGAAAUUGAGCCUGGCUGAGGCUUUAACCGGUUACACCGUGAGGGUAACCACCCUGGACGGGAGGCGGCUGGAAGUGCCUGUAACGGAGGUGAUUUCGCCGGGGUAUGAGAAGGUGGUUGCGGGCGAGGGUAUGCCGAUGAAAGAGCCUGGAAAGAAGGGGAAUUUGCGGAUCAAGUUCGACGUGCAGUUCCCGAGGCGGUUGAGUGCAGAGCAGAAGGCGUUGGUCAAGCAAGCAUUGGAUCGGUAA